GCGAUGGGCCGCAGCUGGGGCUUCCUGGUCGGCCUCCUGGGCGCCGCGUGGCUGCUGCGCUCGGGCGACGGCGGGCAGCAGGGGCCUGAGACGGCGGCGCAGCGCUGCUUCUGCCAGGUUAGUGGCUACUUGGAUGAUUGUACCUGCGAUGUUGAAACAAUUGAUAGAUUUAAUAACUACAGACUUUUCCCAAGACUACAAAAACUUCUUGAAAGUGACUACUUUAGAUAUUACAAGGUAAACUUGAAGAGGCCAUGUCCUUUUUGGAAUGAUAUCAACCAGUGUGGAAGAAGAGACUGUGCUGUCAAACCUUGUCAUUCUGAUGAAGUUCCUGAUGGAAUUAAGUCUGCGAGCUACAAGUAUUCUGAAGAAGCCAAUCUCAUUGAAGAAUGUGAACAAGCUGAACGACUUGGAGCAGUGGAUGAAUCACUGAGUGAGGAAACCCAGAAGGCUGUUCUUCAGUGGACCAAGCAUGAUGAUUCUUCAGACAGCUUCUGUGAAGUUGAUGACAUCCAGUCCCCUGAUGCUGAGUAUGUAGACUUGCUCCUUAACCCUGAGCGCUAUACAGGUUACAAGGGGCCAGACGCUUGGAAGAUAUGGAAUGUCAUCUAUGAAGAGAACUGCUUUAAGCCACAGACAAUUAAAAGGCCUUUAACUCCUUUGGCUUCUGGUCAAGGAAAAAGUGAAGAGAAUACUUUUUACAGUUGGCUUGAAGGCCUAUGUGUAGAAAAAAGAGCGUUCUACAGACUUAUAUCUGGCUUACAUGCAAGCAUCAAUGUACAUUUGAGUGCAAGAUACCUUUUGAAAGAAACCUGGUUGGAAAAGAAGUGGGGCCACAAUGUAACAGAAUUUCAACAGCGGUUCGAUGGAAUUUUGACUGAAGGAGAAGGUCCAAGAAGGCUUAAGAACUUGUAUUUUCUCUACUUAAUAGAAUUAAGGGCUUUAUCUAAAGUGUUACCAUUCUUUGAGCGCCCAGAUUUUCAACUCUUCACUGGAAAUAAAGUUCAGGAUGCAGAAAACAAAAUGUUACUUCUGGAAAUACUUCAUGAUAUCAAGUCAUUUCCUUUGCAUUUUGAUGAGAAUUCUUUUUUUGCUGGGGAUAAAAAAGAAGCACAUAAACUAAAGGAGGACUUUCGACUGCAUUUUAGAAAUAUUUCCAGAAUCAUGGAUUGUGUUGGUUGUUUUAAAUGUCGACUAUGGGGAAAGCUUCAGACUCAGGGUUUGGGCACUGCUCUGAAGAUUUUAUUUUCUGAGAAGCUCAUAGCAAAUAUGCCAGAAAGUGGACCAAGUUAUGAAUUCUAUCUAACCAGACAAGAAAUAGUAUCAUUAUUUAAUGCAUUUGGAAGAAUUUCUACAAGUGUGAGAGAACUAGAAAACUUCAGGAACUUGUUACAAAAUAUUCACUGAGGAAAAGGAGUUGAAGUAUGCCUGUUUCUAGAUAGUAAAGGCCAAAGACUGGGAUUUCAUUGAACAGCAUAACUGCAAUGAGUCUGAAGCGGACAUUUUAUAUAAAGCUGCUUUUGUAAAAGGAGAAGUACAUUGUUUUAUGUAAACGACAUUUUAAAAAAUUGUGUCCAUGUUGAAUAUUGUGAAUAAAAGUAAUAUUUUGAUAAUGUGGUAUAAAUUUUAAUACUGGAUGAAAUAGGAUUAUCAGGUUCAUAUAAGAUAAAACUAUGUGAAUGAUGUCUUAAGUCUUUCAAACUAGAGUUUUAUUUAAGGUGUAAUAAACUAUGGCAAAUAUGAAAAGUAUUUAAUAGGAAAAUACUAAUGAGGCUCACAAAUGACCCGUGAUCAACAGCUUACAAACUUUCAAUGUAUUUAUAAUUGCCAGGUUUACAAAGAAAAGUGUUGAUUUCCCAGUGAGAUGUGAACUUUAAACAACUCGUUUUCUUUUAAAUUUAAGUAUGUUGCAUGCAAUAUUAGGGCCAUACUUAUACUAAAAUUUGUUUGAAGUUCAAAUUUUACUGGGACUCCCAUGGAACUGAUUUGUUUUAGAGUUAUAUAGCUAUAUUGAUUCUGCUGUUUUGGUAUGUAGAAAAGUAUAACUCAAAGGCAUAGGAGAUUUCUGAGUGUUGUUGAAAGCUGAAUAGAUUAUAUAUUUAUUCUCAUAAUACUUCCCCUAAUACUGAGUAAAAUUUUGGGGAAAAUUUUUAUUUUUAUAUAAUUUCAUAUUUACAGAAAAA